UGGAAUUCGGGCAGCUUUGCCUAUCAGUGUGGAAGGUGGGAGAUUUCAACUUAUUCAGAGUGGCAACUCCGUUGUCAUCACCACAUACUUUCAGCUCAGGAUGUCUUAUGACUGGGACCACCAUUUGCGUGUCACCCUCAGCAGUGAUUUUUAUGGGCUUGUUGCUGGCUUUUGCGGGAACUAUAAUGGUGAUCCUAAUGAUGACUUCAUGACGCCAGAAGGAACAUUGGCUCCAGAUGCCAAUGCUUUUGGUGAGAGCUGGUGGCUGAAGGGUGAAGAUGAUGACUGCUGGCACGAUUGCCAUGGGCCUUGCCAGCCUUGCCCACCUGAUCUGGUCACAAAGUAUGGAUCUGAGCAAUAUUGCGGACUGAUAACCGCAUCUUCAAAUGGCCCCUUUGCCCCUUGCCAUGACAAGGUGAACCCUGCCUUCUUCUUUGAGAGCUGUGUCUAUGAUGUUUGUGCCAAUGAAGGCCACAGACCAACCUUGUGUGAUGCCCUGAAGGCCUAUGCAGAUGCCUGCCAGAGAGAGGGAGUCCAGAUUGGCGAAUGGAGGAAAACCGCUGGAUGCUUGCCACAGUGCCCUCCAAACAGUGAGUACCAGCUCUGUGGUACCUGCCCUGCCACUUGUGUUGAUCAAGGAGAACUAUUGUGCCCAGCUGUUUGUGUGGAAGGCUGCCAGUGUAAAGAAGGUUUUGUGCUGAGCCACGGGACCUGCAUUCCAAAGAGCAGUUGUGGAUGCUAUUACGAAGGACGCCCCUAUGCCCCCAAUGAGAGAUUCUGGGCCGAUGACAAGUGUUCAAAGCUAUGUGUGUGCAACCCAGCCACAAAGCAAGUGGAGUGUGGACCCAGUGCUUGCAAAGCCUCAGAAAAAUGUGACGUGCAGAAGGGCGUGCGGGGCUGCUACCCCAUUGACUACGGUAACUGCACGGCGCAGGGAGACCCCCACUAUCUUACCUAUGACAAAUGCAAGUAUGAUUUCCAAGGGAGCUGUUCCUAUGUGCUUUCUGAAGUGGAUCAAACCAUAAAGGACGUGGAGUGGUUCGGUGUGUAUGUUGAAAAUGAACAUCGGGGAAAUCAACAUGUGACCUGGACUCGGAGUGUGCAAGUCAAUACCUUUAAUGUGGAGAUUAUUGUCAGCAGGCAGUAUCCGGGUAAAAUCUUGGUUGAUGGCUUGUUGACCUCCCUUCCGUACAGCUCAUUUGGAGGAAGAGUCAAGGCAUUCAAGCAGGGCAACAAUGCUGUGAUCCAGGCAAUCUUUGGCCUUGCUGUCCGUUUUGACUGGAACGGCCAUGUUUUUGUCACUGUACCCAGCACAUAUGCAGGCAUCCUGCAUGGUCUGUGUGGGAACUUCAAUGGGAACUGCAAAGAUGAUGGCCUUGUGCCUGGUACUAUCCUUAUUCCCAGCAUUCCAGUGUUUGGGAAGACUAAGAAACCUGACCCAAAGUGCAUUGAGAUCACUGAUCCAAAGUGCCCAGGCAUGGAAGCCAUGCGAGACCAGCAGCGUGCCUCGGGCAAGGACUGUGGGCUCAUUAUUGCCAAGGACGGGCCCUUCCGGGAAUGCCAUGCACAUAUUGACCCAGAAGAUGCUUUCUUGGAUUGUGUCUAUGACUCCUGUUUCUUCAAGGGACACUAUACUGCCAUCUGUUCUGCAAUCGCCAACUAUGCCAAAGCUUGCCAAGCUGCUGGGAUUACUAUUUACCCAUGGAGAUCUUCAACCUUCUGUCCCCCAGCCUGUUCUAGAAACAGUCACUAUGAAUUAUGUGCCAAGGAGUGUGGCCAGAGCUGCAGCACUCUUUAUGUUCCAGCGUCUUGCCCUGCCAAAUGCGAGGAGAACUGUGUCUGUGAUAAGGGCUUCAUCAAGAGUAAUGAUGCUUGUGUCCCAAUUGCCGAGUGUGGAUGUUUCCAUCAGCGCCAGUACUAUCCAGUAUUGGAGUACUUCUACCCAAGUUGUGAAGAACGCUGCCAGUGUCAGGCCGGUGGGACCGUGGUGUGUGAAUUGAUCCGCUGUGGCCCCAAUGAAGAGUGCAAAUUGCUGAAUGGAGUCCAGAAAUGCCACCCCACUGGAAGCACUACCUGCUCUGCCAUUGGCAGCUUUUAUCAAACCUUUGAUAGGCUGUCCUUUAAUUUCCAGGGCACCUGCACCUACAUCUUUGCCAAAUUGCAGGAAAAGAAUGUGGGCUUGACACCCAUCACUGUUGUUGUAGAGAAUGAAGCCUGGUUGUAUGGAAAUAAUGCUGUGAUCAAGCUGGUCCGUGUACAAAUCUCAAGCACUGAGGUUACUCUGCUGCGGAACAAAGCAGGAAGCAUCAUGGUGGAUGGAGUAUUCCACUACCUUCCUGUGAAUCUUUUAGGUGGGCAAGUGGGAAUCUAUCAACAUGGACUCAACAUCAAGAUAGAGAGUGUGUUUGGCUUUGAACUCACCUAUGACCUGCUUUACCAUCUGGAAAUCACACUUCCCAACACCUAUCAGGGUCAAAUGACAGGCUUGUGUGGCAACUACAAUGGAAAGCAAGAAGAUGAUCUUCAGCUCCCUGAUGGCAGUAUCGUAUCUGAUGUGGCGACAUUUGUUGCUGCCUGGAAAAUCCCAGUCCUUGGUGUGCCCUGCACAGAUGGAUGCUCUGGAUCCCGCUGUCCAGUUUGUGUGAAAGAAAAGGAAGAACUUUUUAAGCAGCGCAGCUCUUGUGGGAUCAUCACAGCUUCUGAUGGGCCUUUCCAGGCCUGCCAUGCCUUUGUGGACCCCAAUGUGUACCUGAACAACUGUAUCUUUGAAAUGUGUAUAAGAGGCGGGGACAAGGAUGCCUUUUGCCAAGCCAUCCAGAGUUAUGUAACCGCUUGCCAAGAAGCCAAGGCCAAUAUCCAGCCUUGGAGGAGUCCCUUGUUUUGCCCUCUAACUUGCCCAGACAACAGCCAUUAUAGCAUCUGCUCCGACAUAUGCGGAAUCAGUUGUGCUGGGAUUACAGAUAAACUAAAGUGCCCAGAAAGCUGUGCAGAAGGUUGCCAAUGUGAUGAUGGAUUCUUCUUUGAUGGCAUCAAAUGUGUCCCCAUGGAUGAUUGUGGUUGUUUUGAGAACAACAUAUACUUCCCGCCUAAUAAGGUUAUCCUGCUGAACAACUGCGCUGAGAAAUGUGUCUGUAGCCUGGCUGGGGGCCUCAUUUGUGAAGCCCAUGCUUGCUCAGAUAAUGAAGUCUGUGAAGUGAAGAAUGGUGUCCUGCAGUGCAGCAGCAAAGAGCCACCAUCUCCCAGCUGUCUUACCGUUAAGUGCCGGAGAGGCAUGGAAUGCCAGAUGAUCAAUGGACAACCGAAGUGCGUGCCAACCUCAAAUUCUACCUGCUGGUUGUGGGGCGAUCCACAUUACUGCACUUUUGAUGGCCACAAAUUUGACUUCCAAGGCACCUGUACCUACACCCUUUGCAAGACAACAAAUGAUAAUCUUGAAUUCCCACCCUUCCACAUUUUUACCAAGAAUGAAAACAGAGGGAAUAAGCAUGUAUCCUACAUGGGAAUUCUGACUUUUGAGACUUUGGGGUACAGCAUCACAAUGUCCAGAUCAGAAGCUGGUUUUGUGAGGGUCGAUGGGAUUCGGGCAGCCUUGCCCAUCAAUCUGGAUGAUGGGAGAUUGCAGAUUAUACAGAGUGGCAACUCCGUCGUCAUCACCACAGACUCUCAGCUCACAUUAUUUUAUGAUUGGGACCACCAUGUGCGUGUCACCCUCAGCAGUGCUUAUCUUGGGUUUGUCACUGGCCUUUGUGGGAACUAUAAUGAGGAUCCCAAAGAUGACUUCAUGACACCAGAAGGAACAUUGGCUCCAGAUGCCAAUGCCUUUGGUGAGAGCUGGUGGCUGAAGGGCCAAGAUGAUGACUGCUGGCAUGAUUGCCAUGGGCCUUGUCAGCCUUGCCCACCUGAUCUGAUCACAAAGUAUGGAUCCGAGCAAUAUUGCGGACUGAUAACCGCAUCUUCAAAUGGUCCCUUUGCCCCUUGCCAUGCCAAGGUGAACCCCGCCUUCUUCUUUGAGAGCUGUGUCUAUGAUGUUUGUGCCAAUGAAGGCCACAGACCAACCUUGUGUGAUGCCCUGAAGGCCUAUGCAGAUGCCUGCCAGAGAGAGGGAGUCCAGAUUGGCGAAUGGAGGAAAACCGCUGGAUGCUUACCGCAGUGUCCUCCAAACAGCGAGUACCAGCCCUGCGGAACAGCCUGCCCUGCCACUUGUGCAGAUCAAAGGGUUCAGUUGUACCCAGCUAUAUGUGUGGAAGGCUGCCAGUGUAAAGAAGGUUUUGUGCUGAGCCAUGGGACCUGCAUUCCUAGGAGCAGCUGUGGAUGCUAUUAUGAAGGACGCCCCUAUGCCCCCAAUGAGAGAUUCUGGGCCGACAACCAGUGUUCAAAGCUAUGCGUGUGCAACCCAGCCACAAGGCACGUGGAGUGUGGACCCAGUGCUUGCAAAGCCUCAGAAAGAUGUGACGUGCAGAAGGGCGUGCGGGGCUGCUACCCCAUUGACUACGGUAACUGCACAGCGCAGGGAGACCCCCACUAUCUUACCUAUGACAAAUGCAAGUAUGAUUUCCAAGGGAGCUGUUCCUAUGUGCUUUCUGAAGUGGAUCAAACCAUAAAGGACGUGGAGUGGUUUGGUGUGUAUGUUGAAAAUGAACAUCGGGGAAAUCAACAUGUGACCUGGACUCGGAGUGUGCAAGUCAAUGCCUUUGAUGUGGAGAUUGUUGUCAGCAGGCAGUAUCCAGGUCAAAUCUUGGUUAGCGGCUUGUUGACCUCCCUUCCGUACAGCUCAUUUGGAGGAAGAGUCAAAGCAUUCAAGCAGGGCAACAAUGCUGUGAUCCAGGCAAGCUUUGGCCUUUCUGUCCAUUUUGACUGGAACGGCCAUGUUUUUGUCACUGUACCCAGCACAUAUGCAGGCAUCCUGCAUGGUCUGUGUGGGAACUUCAAUGGGAACUGCAAAGAUGAUGGCCUUGUGCCUGGUACUAUCCUUAUUCCCAGCAUUCCAGUAUUUGGGAAGACUAAGAAACCUGACCCAAAGUGCAUUGAGAUCACUGAUCCAAAGUGCCCAGGCAUGGAAACCAUGCGAGACCAGCAGCGUGCCUCGGGCAAGGACUGUGGGCUUAUUAUUGCCAAGGACGGGCCCUUCAGGGAAUGCCAUGCACAUAUUGACCCAGAAGAUGCUUUCUUGGAUUGUAUCUAUGACUCCUGUUUCUUCAAGGGACAUUAUACUGCCAUCUGUUCUGCAAUUGCCAACUAUGCCAAAGCUUGCCAAGCUGCUGGGAUUACUAUAUACCCGUGGAGAUCUUCAACCUUCUGUCCCCCAGCCUGUCCUAGAAACAGUCACUAUGAAUUAUGUGCCAAGGAGUGCGGCCAGAGCUGCAGCACUCUUUAUGUUCCAGCGUCUUGCCCUGCCAAAUGCGAGGAGAACUGUGUCUGUGACAAGGGCUUCAUCAAGAGUAAUGAUGCUUGUGUCCCAAUUGCCGAGUGUGGCUGUUUCCAUCGGGGCCAAUACUAUCCAGUAUCUGAGUACUUCUACCCAAGUUGUGAAGAACGCUGCCAAUGUCAAGCCGGUGGGACAGUGGUGUGUGAAGUGAUCCGCUGUGGCCCCAACGAAGAGUGCAAAUUGCUGGACGGAGUCCAGAAAUGCCACCCAACUGGAAGUGCUACCUGCUCUGCUAUUGGCAGCUUUUAUCUUACCUUUGAUAAGCUGCCCUUUAAUUUCCAGGGCACCUGCACCUACAUCCUUGCCAAACUCCAAGAAAACAAUGUGGGCUUGACACCCAUCACUGUUAUUGUAGAGCAUGAAGACUGGCUGAAUGGGCAGAUGACUGUGAUCAAGUUGGUCCAUGUACAAAUCCCAGGCGCUGAGGUUACUCUGCUGCGGAACAAAGCGGGAAGCAUCCUAGUAGAUGGAAUAUUCCACUACCUUCCUGUGAAUCUUUUGGAUGGGCAAGUGAGAAUCUAUCAGCAUGGAUUCAAUAUCAGGAUAGAGAGUGCUUCUGGCUUUGCAGUGACCUACGACCUGUAUUACCAUGUGAGGAUUACCGUUCUCAGCACCUAUCAGGGUCAAAUGACAGGCUUGUGUGGCAACUACAAUGGAAAGCAAGAAGAUGAUCUUCAGCUUCCUGAUGGCAGUGUCGUAUCUGAUGUGGCGACAUUUGUUGCUGCCUGGAAAAUCCCUGUCCUUGGUGUAUCCUGCACAGAUGGAUGCUCUGGAUCCCACUGCCCACUUUGUGAGAUAGAGAAGCAAGAACUUUUUAAGCAGCGCAGCUACUGUGGGAUCCUCACAGCAUCAGAUGGACCUUUCCAGGCCUGCCAUGCCAUUGUGGACCCCAAUGUGUACCUGAACAACUGUGCCUUUGAAUUGUGUAUAAAUGGUGGGGACAAGAAGGCCCUGUGCCAGGCCAUCCAGAGUUAUGUGACUGCCUGCCAAGAAGCCAAGGUCAACCUGCCACCUUGGAGAAGCCCAUUGUUUUGCCCCACGACUUGUCCACCCAACAGCCAUUAUAGGAUCUGCUCUAACUACUGCGAAUCAAACUGUGCAAGACUCACGGAUCGCCAUAAGUGCCCAGAGAGCUGUGCAGAAGGUUGCCAAUGCGACGACGGGUUCUUCUUUGAUGGCCUCAAGUGUGUUCCCUUGGACAAUUGUGGCUGCUUUCAAAACAACAGGUGCCUCCCGCAAGGAGAGAGUUAUCUUUCUUCUGACUGCAAGACACGCUGCACUUGCCAAACCGAUGGCUCAGUGAUAUGCACAACCAAUGACUGUGCUGCUGAGGAAGUGUGUGAGCUGACAGAUGGGGUCCAUGGCUGCUUUUCGACAGAGGGUCACUGCACACUGAUGCCAGGGGCUCACCUCUCUACAUUUGAUGGUCUUUUUGGGGAUGUUCCUACUCCUGGCUCCUACCAGUUGGUUUCCAUUUGUGAUCCCAGCUCUGAGGAUUGGUUCCGAGUGGUUGUAGGAGUUGCCUCUUGCCAGCCUAUUGGAACUGUUGCCCCCACAUUGCUCCAUGCCUUCUUCAAGGACUUAUUUAUAAGUGUAAAUGGACACAAUGAAAUUUGGGUGAAUGGACUGCCUGUUCCGAUCCCAUACACAGCUCCUGGCGAAGUAACACUUAGCCUGGCUGGCAACACUCUCCUCCUGCAGUCACCACAAGUUAAAGUGUCCCUGAGCUCCACUGGAGAAGUACAGGUGACUGUCAACCCCAGUUUAUCAGGGAGAGUAUGUGGAGCAUGUGGAAACUUCAAUCAUAAUCAAAUCGAUGAUCUGAAGGGUCCAGGUGGAGUGGAUGUCCAGAAUGUGCCUGAGCUGAUGAUAUCUUGGAUAGCCAAAGAUUUCACUCUCUGUCUGGAAUGAAAGAAGAUUCACUUGGUAAACUGAAAGCUCUGCUGAAAUGCUCCUAAAGUGUGAGGGGAAAUGGGGAAAUAACGCACGUAAGCCCUGGAAAAUCAUUGCCAUAUCAUCUCCAGAUUUAUGGGAUUUCUCGUGGGAAAGACUCUUUUGCACAAAUUUUAAGAGAGAUGAUAUUUUAUGGAAAUUGUUAAAAUUGACGUCAUGGAAUAUAUCGACCUCAGAAACGGACUUCAUUUUUACGUGUGGAUUUAAUCCUUGUUAGAAAACCAAUUUGUUAAUAUCUUCCUGUUUGAGAUUUCAGAUGAGUGUAUGGUGAGGUGGGCUUAUAACAGGAAAUCGCUUAUAAACUCUUCUGAUUUUGCUUGAUCUGAAUUCUGAGUUAAAAUAAAAACAUUUUUCAUCAAA